AUGGACAUCGACGAAGAAGCAGCUAUGAACGCUGGGCCAUCUACGACCCCCACGACUGCGGGGGACAAGUCUGCUGCUGGUUUGAGCAAGAAAGCUCAGAAACGGGCUGCUAAACAGGCCAAGAUGGAGACCUUAAAGCCACUCAAAAGAGCAGCCGAGAAAGAACGCAGACGUGUACGCAAUGCCGAGCUACACGAAGGAUAUGCCGCUGGGACCUUGAGCGAGGCGGACAAGGCCAUCGUGGAGAGAAGGAGACAGAUUGAGAGGGAGAGGAAGGAGGCGAAGAAGAGAUUGGAUAAAGGGGAGCAGGGAGAUGAUUGGAAGGGCGGCGUUGUCGUGGACUUGGGCUUUGACGAGUUGAUGGCGGACCAGGAAAUCGCUUCAACAGCGCAACAAUUAGGCUACCUCUACUCUGCCAACCGUACAGCUCAACAUCCUUUCCGGACCGUCAUCCACACAACUUUCUCCCCGACUGCAUCCCCCAGGUUAUGGGCACGGAUGGGCAGUUCCAAUUGGGACAAGUGGACUCGGUGCCACUGGUGGAAUGAAGGCCUGGACGUACUGCAGGGACAACUCCAAGGUUCUGAAGCGCAAGAAGGCCAGACACAAGAAACAAGUCUUGGAGCUGGCGGGGAAGCCGAGGGAAACACUAUGUUGGAGAAGACCAUGUUGAGCCGGCUGACAGGUCCAAACCUGCCGCCCGACUUGAUCCCCGGCAAGCACACCCUUGUCUACCUCUCAGCCGACGCCGAAGAAGAAAUCACAACACUGUCAGAGGAUGAGGUGUACAUCAUCGGGGGCAUUGUCGACAGGAACCGGUACAAGAAUUUGUGCCAAGACAAAGCAGAGAAACUUGGGAUCCGUACCGCAAGGCUGCCUAUCGGGUCCUACAUUGCCAACCUCCCCACUCGCAAAGUGUUGACCGUCAACCAAGUCUUUGACAUCCUUGUGCAGUAUCUCAAGUUCAAAGAUUGGGCGGUUGCAUUUGAGGCUGUUAUUCCCACCCGAAAAUAUGCUGCUACUGGAGGAAGGACAAAGAGGAGGAGGGCUAGGUUGUCAAAGCAUGCGGGAGAGGAAGGAGGGGAUGCGGAAGGCGGAGAGGACGACGAGGAAGGGAGCGAGACUGACGAGGAACCGGAUGGGGAGGCUGCAGACGAGAGCUAG